AAUACUAAAUCAUUUGGCUUCCUUUAUUAGGUUCCUUUGGUUUACUACUCUGCUUGGUUAAGUAAUUGUAGAUGGCACUCCCUCCCUAUGAUCCCAAUUUCACAAUGGCAUCCACAAUCGUCGGACGCGCAGACAUCGACUUUGACCAAGAGCACGAUGAAUCUGCUUCUGCUGCUAUCGUAGCGGUUAAUCUGAUAAGCUCUGCACGGCUUGCACUUAAGCUGGAUAGUGUCCACAAUGAGUACUCAGCUCCGUAUUUGGUGGACAAAGCUGGUGGCUCAAACAAUCGCAAGCUCACUGUGAAAGACUGUCUUACCUUUGCCUUAAAGAAAGGCGGCAUACCAAAAGCAGAAGAUUGGAUACCCUUGGGAUCUGAGUCAAAGCCCCCACCAUCGUAUAAACCUGCUCUCGUUUCCAUGAAAGGGAAAGUGAUUGAGCCUAAGGAUAUGGAGGAAGUACGUGAGUUGUUGGUGCAUCAACCGGUGGGAGCAAAACUGCAUGUGUUCACACCACACAUUGAACUUCAACAAGACGCGAUUUACUGUGGCCCGUCAGGUGAGCCAGGGAGCUAUGUUGGACUUAGAGAUGGGAUCAUAGUUGGAACGGAGAAGUUUCAAGGAAAGCCCAUGGCAACAGUGAAGGUGUGGUACAAGAAGUUUAGAUUUCUCAAAGUGGCUUUGAGCAGGAUGUUUGUCCACUACAAUCAGGGCAUAGCCAUAGAGCCGGACGUAGGGCCAACACUUCUGCUUCUUGACUUUUGUGUCCCACGCCUAUCCAUCAAUUAAGCAAGAAGACAGUUUUAUCUUCUUAAUAUAUCUAUCUAGAGAACAGUAUGCUACUAGUGGAAGACUUUGUUUAAGAAUGUAUGUUCCAGGAGACUUUUUUUUAUAUGUAAUAAGUUAAG